AGCACCGCACUUAUAGAAGCUUUUACGACGCAUUUCUUUAUACGAGUACCUUUUACAAAACUUGUUUAUUCUUUGUAUAAAAAGGCGUGGAAGUUUUCCCAUUUCUGUCAGAAAGUAAAAGUGGAAGCGGUAGAAGAUUGUUGUGUUCUAAAGUUGUUAAGAUUUAAUUUUUCAAGUUCAAGUUUAAAUAUGCGUUUUAAUAUCGCUUUUAUUUGUUUAUUAUUCUCGAUGAUGGUUAUAAUAGUUUCGGUUUCGGCAUUUCCAUCAAAGAAAACUGAUGAACCUGAGAUAUCUAAAGAUCUAUCAUCAACUGCAGCAGAAUUGAUUAUUGAAGAUGCAGACGAUACAGGAAAUGACAAAGAAUUGAAUAGACAAGUUCGGUCUUAUUAUGGUUAUGGUUAUGGCCGUAGAGGAUAUGGUGGAUAUGGUCAUGGUUAUGGUGGUGGAUACGGUCGUGGAUAUGGUCGUGGGUAUGGUCAUGGAUAUGGUGGGGGAUAUAGCGGGGGAUAUGGACAUCGAUCUGGAUAUGGACGUGGUGGAUAUUAUGGAAGACACCACGGAUAAGCUAUGGAGCAUACAUGUUUUGUGACUUAAAGUUUUUAUUUUUGAAUAAUGAAUUAUGAGUUUUAAUGUAAUUAUUGUUAUGAAGUUAAAGUGAAUUAAAUAAAAAAGUAAACAAAUACAAAAGUUCACUGUGGAAAAAUUGUAAAAACGUUAAA